AAAAAUUAGUGAAUAUGUGCGAAUGUAUGAAAAUAUAUAAGCAUUGCAUUUUACGACAUUAAAUCAAAGGCAGAAAUAAAUGUGCUUUGUUUAUAUGUUGCAAUAUCGGUAGCCGUGAAGCUCGCGCGAAGUUAGUGCAAAUAUUUUGAAUAUAUAUUUCUUAAAGCGCGGAAAUUCAAAAUUGAGUAAACUGCAUUUCCUACAGACGAAAACACGAUAAGCAAUAAUUAUAGUGCAUGAAAUUUUGAAUAAUGAAAGCAAAUUAUUGAAACUGCGUGCAUUAAAACACAUUAGCCAAAUUCGUUUAUAGCUACAAAGUCAGUAGGCAGAAUUUCAAAAUAGGAAGUAGUCAAGAAACUAAGUGAGAAAAUAAAUAAAUGCCUAUAAAUAACUUUUUUUCACAACCAAAUAAAAAAACUAAGCCAGUGGGAAAGUGGUGAAGAAAAGUAAGAAACGUAACAGCUCAACAAGUGCAAGAAACCGCAAACAGUCGCCCACCUUAUGCACGCUGCACUACCGCGUGUAUGUCUCGUCGUUUGCGUGCCGCGCAUGUGCAGUGCUUUGUUCAGUUAUUUUUGCCUCUUAGAAAUACAUAUUUCUGCAACAAAAAGUUUUAACCGUACACCGUGCCAAUUUUUUACUAUUUACGCGCGUUUUGUUUUCUGUAUUUUAUUAAGCAACAUCUCUACACUUUUGGGUGCGUUAAGUGUGUUUUUCUUUGAAUUACUGUGAGUAAUGGCGAGAAAACAUAAUAACAACACAACGAUAGAGAUGCUGAAAAGUGAAAUUUUCAGUCUAUGGCAGCUAGCAUUUGCCUCUUUCCUUGCCUUGCAGCUGCUCGUCGGCACCGCUGAAGCCUUUACUAUACUCUCGCCAUUCAGUUACACAUCUUUGAGCUUUAAGAAUCUGUUAAAUUCAGUGUUUUUAGCCAGUAAUGCGAAUUUGGCGGGUGGUGGGCGAAACCUAAAAUCAGAUAUACUUGAGGAUGCGUCAUUGAUAACGCCGAAAUUGAUACGCAAGUACGGUUACCCAUCGGAGACACAUACAGUGGUCACAAAAGAUGGCUAUAUUCUGGAGAUGCAUCGCAUACCAAAACGUGGCGCCCAGCCAGUGCUUCUGAUGCAUGGCAUAUUGGACACAUCGGCCACAUGGGUGCUGAUGGGACCAAAAUCGGGGUUGGGUUACAUGCUAUCGGAUCUCGGUUACGACAUAUGGAUGGGCAAUGCGCGUGGCAAUCGAUAUUCGAAGAAUCACACGAGCCUUAAUAGCGAUUACCAGGAAUUCUGGGAUUUCACUUUUCACGAAAUGGGCAAAUAUGAUUUACCGGCAAACAUUGAUUAUAUCCUCAGCAAAACAGGUUACGAACAGCUGCACUACAUAGGACACUCGCAGGGCACUGCAGUCUUUUGGGUUCUGUGUUCCGAGCAGCCUUCCUAUACACAAAAAAUACUAUCGAUGCACGCUCUAGCUCCCAUAGCGUUCAUUUCUGAUAUGAAGAGUCCACUUUUUCGAACAUUGGUUGUGUUUUUAGAUUUUUUAACGGCGGCGACACGCAUGCUACGCAUUACUGAAUUUAUGCCCAAUACAAAAUUGUUCGUAGAUCACACCCAAGUGGUUUGCCACGACAACGCAAUGACGCAGGACGUCUGUUCAAAUAUCUUGUUCCUGGUGGCCGGCUACAAUUCGGAGCAAUUGAAUAAGACAAUGCUACCAGUCAUGUUGAGUCAUACACCUUCAGGGGCAUCAAUUAAACAACUCGAACACUUCGGGCAGUUAAUGAAAUCGGGGAAUUUUCGCCAAUUCGAUCGUGGCUUUUUGCGCAAUCAACUCCAAUACAAUCGUAUGACACCGCCCGAUUAUGAUCUGUCCAAGGUGAAGGUGCCGGUGGCACUUUACUAUUCGAUGAACGAUAUGUUGGUAUCGACGACGGGUGUCGAUCGUUUGGCACGCGAGUUGCCCGAUGUGAUUGACAAAUACUUGGUGCCCAUGGAGAAGUUCAAUCAUUUGGACUUUUUAUGGGCGAUCGAUGUCAAGUCAUUAGUGUACAAUCGCCUCGUAAGGAAUAUUAGACGCGUGGAGAAUUACAAGCAAAAGCAAACGCUACAAAUUAAUGCGAGCAUACAUCAGUUUAGUACACAUCUACACCAACAACAUUUACAAGUAUUACAUCAACGACAAUAUCGGCAACAGCAGAAACAAUUGCGAGAACAGCAAGAAUUGGAAAAUCAACAACUAAAAAAAAGCGGAAACACACGCUCCGGCACAAAUCGAAAUUUCCAUACAAUUUCGAAUACGAACCUAAAUUUGAACACAAUUGGCAGCGCAGGUCAGCCUAUAAAUGGACACUUACUUCCACAUGGAGGGAUCGUAUAUUCGACUUAUGCUUCAAUUUUGCCGAAACUCUUGCCGGCAACAGCUACAGCGCCGUCUAUAAAACCAACACUGCCAAUACCGACAACGCUGUCAAUCGUCAACACGAACUCGAAUCAAGAUUUAUCUGUGAUACACACGGAUAUACAUCCAGUUUAUAAGCCAAGUGUGAAUGAGCAGAAAACUAUGGAUAAAGAAAGUCUUUCAAAUUCUAAUAUACCGUUAGAUUUCAUGCCAGUUUUGUUCUCGAAUACAGAGUCCAAUAUGGAGGACAUGAGCACGAAUGCGCCACCAUCCGACUUCUCGGAAACGACGGAAAAAGUUGUAGAAGGGAGUGCGUGAAACACACUACAAUUGUAGUUAGUUUUUAUUCAAAUCUAGUUAACUAAUAAUGUUUUUUACGUAAUUUUUAAAAUUUCGCUGGAUGAUUCACAGAGGAAACAGUCUUAUUUUGGUUCAUCCUUAUUUG